AUGGCUAGUGAGGAGAGUUUCGUAGUGUUGGUUCACCACAGAGGAUCCAUUAAGAGGAAAACUCGUUCCGGUGUGAAGUUCACUGAUAAGGAUCCUCUCUGUAUUAUCGUAAGGCCUACGACGAGGUAUGAGGACCUUGUUAGCUCUAUAUUGCUGAAACUUGGUCUAGAAGGUCAUGUUUCAUUGUCGCCGGCAGUUUCCAGAGCUCGGGGGGUUCGAACCGGAAUACCACCAUCUUCCUCCGUCCCUGCGUACGAGCCACCCCUCCAACCUGCCGCCUCGCCUUCGUUCGUUGUUGAUCUCAACGGAAGUGUAGGCGACGAGGUCGGAGAAGGGGAAUAUCCGCGGACCUCUUUACAGUGUGUUGUACCGGCUGGGGUUGGAGAUGGAUUCUUGGAUGAUCCAAAGGACGAUGAUGUCGAGCCGGAUAUGAUUGCUGAUGACAAUGGCGAUGAUGCUGGAGCAAGUGAGCCUGCUGGGGUGGGCGGUGGUUCUAGCUCUGGCACGCAGCAGUACCCUCCACAUUUUUCCUCUUUGGACUUGGAUGCCAUGAGGCAGGAGGGAGUACCUGGGCAACCGGCUGGAUUUGGCGCUAGAGAUGCUGAAGGGUCUGCAGGUCUGACAGAGUUUCAGGUUGGUCAGCAAUUUCCGGAUAAAGAAGAGGCCUUCUUAAGUGUCAAGACUUACAGCAUCCGUCGAGGGGUACAGUACAAGGUCGUGGAGUCUGACUAUCGCCGGUAUGUGGGCAAGUGUUCUGAGUUCGACAAUGGGUGCACAUGGUUGAUUCGUCUUAGUCUCCGACAGCGAAAGGGAGUUUGGGAGGUCAAACGUUACAACGGACCGCAUACUUGUCUCGCCACCUCGAUUUCCAGCGACCACAGGAGUUUGGAUUACCAUGUGAUAUCGGCAUUCAUUAUGCCAAUUGUUAGGGUUGAUGCAUCCGUCAGCAUCAAGGUGCUCCUAAAUGCCACCGCAACACACUUCGGGUUUAGGCCGACUUACAGGAGGGUCUGGUUGGCGAAGUAG